UUAUAGUCUCUGCUAUCUCUCACUCCCAUGUUCCCUUUGAGCACUGAGCAAUAUUUAGGAAAACUAAAUAAAUAAAUAGAAAACCAGGAGAGACUCUUUUCUUCCCCUUUCGACUUCCCCACUGUGUUUGCAUUCUUUGCAAUGUAGGAUUCCUGAUUCGCGCGAAAUGGCAAAGUGUUACCGGAAUGAUGUCGGAUCUCUAGUCCUCGACCGCCCUUCCGGCGCUGCUCACCACUCCAGGUUAUGGACCGCCUUCUCCGGUUCUGCAUUCCGGCGGAAAAUUGUCAACGCGGUGAGCUGUGGUGCUAGCUCCCGCCACCGCCAGCAGAUAAUGAGAGAGGUUGAAAGCGAUGAGGUGGUGGUCGUUUCUUCUGCCACUGCGAGCAGAAGUACCACUGCUACGACGAUAAAAUCUGUUUUGGAGCAUUCUGAUGAGAAAAAGAGUGAGAGAGUGAAGGCGAAGGGGGAAAAAACAAAUGUUAAGUCGGAUAAGCUUUUGGAUCUCUUGAACUUGGCGGAGGCGGAGGCUGAUGCCGAGACGAGAAAGAAGGUGGAGGUUUUGGAGGAGUUUAAAUUGGUGGUGAAGGAGUUGCAGGUCGAAGAUGAGGCGAUGAGGAGAGCUGCGGCUAGUAAAGCGAGGCUGCUUGCGAAGGAAGAUUCGGAAGCUAGAGUGACGCUAGCGAUGCUCGGAGCGAUUCCGCCGUUGGUCGGGAUGCUCGAUUUUGAGGACGCCGAUUCGCAGAUCGCCGCACUAUAUGCAUUGCUCAAUCUCGGAAUCGGAAAUGAUGUGAACAAAGCAGCCAUUGUAAAAGCAGGGGCAGUUCACAAGAUGCUGAAGCUUAUUGAAUCUCCAAAUGCUCCAAACCCAUCUGUCUCAGAGGGCAUAGUUGCAAAUUUCCUUGGCUUGAGUGCAUUGGACUCAAAUAAGCCAAUUAUUGGGUCAUCAGGUGCAAUUCCUUUCUUGGUAAAAACCCUCAAGAUUUUUGGUAAUAAAAAUGGUUCUCAAGCAAAGCAAGAUGCCCUCAGAGCUCUGUAUAAUCUCUCCAUCUUCCCAGCCAACAUUUCCUUAGUUCUAGAAACUGACCUGGUUCCUUAUCUUUUGAAUACAUUGGGAGAUAUGGAAGUAAGUGAAAGAAUUCUCCUGAUUUUGAGUAAUGUAGUAUCGACCCCAGAAGGUAGAAAAGCAAUUAGCAGUGUUCCAGAUGCAUUCCCAAUUUUGGUUGAUGUGUUGAAUUGGACAGACUCACCAGGGUGCCAAGAGAAGAUAUCUUACACUCUCAUGGUGAUGGCACAUAAGGCAUAUGGUGAUAGACAAGCGAUGCUAGAGGCUGGAAUUGUGUCAUCCUUGCUUGAAUUAACACUUCUUGGUAGUACAUUAGCACAGAAGAGAGCCUCUAGAAUUUUGGAGGUAUUGAGAGUGGAUAAAGGCAAGCAAGUUUCAGAGAAUUUUUGUGGGAAUUCGAGUGCAGCAGUGUCUGCUCCUAUCUGCGGGUCUUCAUCAUCAUCUACAAAUCCAAAUGGAACUUCAAAGGAUUGCUUUGUAGAGGAAGAAGAUAUGAUGAGUGAGGAGAAGAAAGCUGUGAAACAAUUGGUCCAACAGAGUUUGCAAAACAACAUGAGGAGAAUUGUGAAGAGGGCCAAUUUGCCGCAAGACUUUGUUCCAUCGGAACAUUUCAAGUCCCUCACCGCAAGCUCCACAUCGAAGAGCUUACCGUUUUGAAAAUCAGAUGGAAUCAGUCAUUGCAAGCAUGAAGAUUGAAGACAACCUGAAGUCAGUCAUCUUCUCACAAUCUUUUAGUGCUUUUGUUUUUUUGUAGCUUUGUUAUUGUAUUAUAUAAUCCUUGUCUAUAUAUUCAUAUCAUAUCAUUGUCUCAUCAAAAAUCUUUAUAAAAAUUCCCUCUUCAA